CCCGCUCGCUCAUCAAUGGCCUUUCCGACUUCCCAGCCACCAGCAUCCAAUGUUCAAACCCUAAGCUAUCAGACAACCAGAGAAGCUUCCGAUCUUCACCUCUUUGUCUUCUUGUAGCCCCCUGCAACUUCUUCCCUCCAUCGCCUUCUUCCUUUGUUCUUAAGAAACGUCUUCAUAAACUUGCUGCUUACAAAAGAAGAAAAAAUUCAUAAUUAAAUCAGGUGUCUUCCAUUCGACCAAGAAUUCAUCCAUUUCUUUCUCUCAAUCUAAGGAUCCCAAGUACCGAACAAUAUAAUUGGACCUAUUGAUAAAAAAUAAUGACUCCGAAACCAUGCUUACCAUCCAAGUGGGAGAUUUUGCACCACCCUUCCCUCCUAGAUUUCAACUAAUACUCCUAGCAACCAUUCUUAUAGUUCCCACCAAGCAUUCCAACACCAAUGGAUACGUUGAGAUAGGAACUAAUGAUAGGACUCAUGCAUUGAACGAAAUGGAGGAGGAGUGGGGGAUGGUGGAGAGGAAGGGAACUCAGUUGUUGGUCAACAACCAGCCUUUCUUCGUCAAUGGGUUUAACACCUACUGGUUGAUGGUCUUCGCCGUCGACCACACGACGAGGAAGAAGGUCAGUGAAGUCUUCCGGGAGGCCGCGGCGAUCGGCCUCACCGUCUGCCGGACUUGGGCUUUCAAUGACGGCGGGUGGCGAGCCCUUCAGACGUCUCCUUUCGUCUAUGAUGAGGAGGUGUUCAAGGCAUUGGAUUUUGUGGUGAGUGAGGCGAGGAGGCAUAAGAUUAGGCUUAUACUGUCGCUAUGUAACAACUGGGUGGAGUAUGGAGGGAAGGCUCAGUAUGUGAAGUGGGGGAAGGCUGCGGGCCUGAACUUAACUUGCGAUGAUGAUUUCUUCUCGGAUCUGACGAUUAAGAGCUACUACAAAGCUUUCGUCAAGACUGUGAUUACCAGAAUCAACACAUUUACGAAUAUGGCAUAUAAGGAUGAUCCAACCAUAUUUGCUUGGGAGCUGAUGAAUGAGCCACGGUGCCCCUCCGAUCCUUCCGGUGACAGCUUGCAGGCUUGGAUUGAAGAGAUGGCAUCAUAUGUGAAGUCCAUCGACCCUGUGCACUUGUUGGAGAUUGGUGUUGAAGGGUUCUAUGGCCUCUCUACCCCUGAACGCUUGCAUUUGAAUCCCAACACCUUUGCAGGCCAAGCAGGAACAGAUUUUAUCAGGAACCAUCGGGUCCUGGGCAUUGAUUUCGCCUCCGUUCACAUCUACUCAGAUACUUGGCUGCCCAAGUCGGAGUCGGAUGCGCAACUCCAAUUUGUGAGAACAUGGAUGCACCACCACAUGGAUGAUGCAGAGAAAUUGCUUGCGAUGCCGGUCGUGUUUGGUGAGUUUGGAGUGUCAGUGAAAGAUGAGAAGUUCAGCUUUACAUUUCGUGAGGCCUUCAUUAAGACGGUCUACAAGACUGUGCGGGGCUCCAGGAAGCGAGGAGGGAGUGGGGGAGGCUGCCUUCUGUGGCAGCUCUUCCCAGAGGGGACAGAGUACAUGGAUGAUGGUUAUGCCGUUGUUUUAGCCAAGCACCCGUCCACACAGCAUAUGCUCUCAUUGCAGUCUAGGAAGCUUCAGACCAUUCAUUCCAAGAGUUUUUGGAAGUUUCAUCGGAGUUGGAAGAAGAGUCCUAUGGGCAACCUCCUCCCCCAUGAAGAACUCUGAGAUACAGAACACUAGAGUACAAGAUAGCGCGAUUGUUUGGAGAAGAUGAGCUGUCAAAAGUAUAAUAAAAUAUUUUUUUGCCUUCACUCCUUUAUUAGGGCUUAUAAGAAAAAGCAUCUGUAUCCAUCUCUAUAAGAAUGGUGUUGCUUAUCACCAUUGUUUUAUGAAUAUUUUAUGGGAAUAUAUGGUGAAAUGUUUGAACUUUGUUUAUUAAGGUUCAAUAAGAAAAUUAUAUGAAUUCAUCGCUUUA